CCAACCAGUAUUUAAAAAAUCGCCCGAAAUAAUUAAUUUUUCUUGGUUCCUCAUUAUUUAUCCCAAUAUCUUAGUUUUGUGUGUUGAUUAUUAUUAUUUUUAUUACUAUUUCGACAUUGAUGAUCCACGUUUUUUUCCACCGUUCGUUUAAAAAAAAUGUUAAAAAUGGUCAAAUUCCAUCCCAUAUUUAUUGCCAUUAUCAGUAUAAUGAUGAUGAAAACUGUGUACGGCCAAUAUCCUGGAUAUCGGCCAAAUUAUUCAUCAAUGGCUUUUUCACCAUAUCAUCCCGCACGUAUAAAUCAUGAAACAUUGCCAAUAAGUCAAGCUGAAUUUGCCCAAUUAGUUGCUGAAUCAAUGGCUACUAGUCACGGUCCACAUCAUCAUCAUCCGCCAAAUACUGAUCAAGAUUAUGAAGGACCAGAUCAUUGGAGAAAAGAAUCUGAUAAUAAUCCACAUAAUGGAGCAGAAAUGAUGCGAGAUGAACAUCAUCAUCAUCACCACCAUCAUCAGCAUCCAUUAUCUUCUAACCCCGUUGCUUCUCAUCAAGAAUCUCCAAUGUAUCAGCAACAAUCAACCAAUCAUUAUAAUCGUCUUGAAACUGGAACGAUACGAUCAUCGGUACCUUCAAUGCAGAGGCCACAAUCGCAAUAUCAACCAGAAGAACAAGGUCCAGGUGAGAUAAUAGGCAGUGGAAGUCAUCUUGAUGAAUAUCCACAUCGUGCUCCCGUAUUCGAAACCGACUAUACACCAGAUCCAGAAUCAAUGAGACAUUCAUCAUUGAAAGAAAGCGAUAUAGAUGAUAAUGAGCCACAAACGCAUGUUUAUGGUGGCCGGCCAAAUUCUGGACCAGCAGAGUCUUAUCACCCACAUCAUCAUCUUGGCAAUAUUCCAAGAUAUCAUAUGGUAGGUGUAUCAAAUGAUCCUCGUGAACAGGAUGAAUAUCGACCAUCUGGUAAUCAAGAAUCUGAAGAACAAUCCCCAGUUGGACAGCCAGUUUACGGACCAAGCGAUCCUCCUCCGCUAGCUUACCAUCAAGAUUUCUCUCGUCAAUACCAUCAUGCUCAUCAAGUUCCUCGACAUCCACAUCCACAUCCACAUCCUCAUUCUCAUCAUCAUCAUCAUCCUCAUCAUCCACAUAGGCCAUCAUUCUAUCAUCAUGGACCUAUGCAUGCAAUGCAUUCACAUCCUCACCCACGAAUGAUGAUGUCGGUAAGACGUCCUUCUCCGCAUUUCAAUCCACAGCGACAUCAUCAUCCAAUGCAACCAAUCGAUCAUUAUAUGGCUGCAGAUUCCUCCACAAACAAUGCGAUAGCUAUGGUUAGUCCAACGAUCAUUGCUGAUACAAUGACAAGUACAUUAAAAACUUCUCAAACAUCGGCCCAAAUAAAUUCGAAAUAAUAUGGUUAAAUGAAUGAACGAAGUGAAGUGUAAGUGUAAGCCAAGUGAGAAAAUAUUUGUUUCAAAUAAAUCGACAGUUAAGCACCUCAUGCAUUAUCGACAUUAACAUCAUAAUCAUAGUAGUUAUAUCACAUUUCACGGUGUUUAACAGAUAUUC